UUCGUCAUUUCGAUUCUGCAUCGACUAUAGUCUACUGUAUACCUCGUCAUUCCGUCAUGGAACUGGUACACCCACCUUCAUACGAGUAGAUCGUUCCACUACACAAUAAGUCAAUGCCUCCUUUGAGACUAUGCAUUGCGACCGGGAGAAAUCUAUCCACCAGAGCAGCAGAGCGGCGAAGCCAAUCAUUUUACAGGCACGAACGAUAUUUCUAAGCACCUGAGUAUGAUUGUGCGUUGAUGAUGAAAUGGGGGAUGGAAGCAUAUCGCUCGUCGCUGGCUGUCUAUACGUUCUUCGCAUCAGUUGAACCGUUCUCAACGGGCCAAUGCAUCAUCAGGUCGAGGUCGACACAGUUGAUACCAAGGCUAUCAAUUUUGAAUAUAAACCUUCUACAACCUUUUCGGCCGAGUAUUUAUCACUAUCAACAUCCAGGCCUCGCGACAUGUCCAAUGUUACCAGGUACUCUACCAGUCUGGAGACACCCGAGCAUCUCCUUAAUUCUGUCAUUUGUGACGCUACUGUACUUCCACAAUCCUGACAGCUCAUUCGUUUCCAUAUGCACCAGCACCGUCAAUGUGUUGGUAGCCCGCUCCUAACGUCAUGGUAAUAUCGGUCGAUGUCACAUUGCUUCAAGUUUCAAGUUUCGAAGUCAAUCGG